UGGGACAUGUGCAGUGCAGGUGCAGCGAGCGGUGGGGCACGACGGUAAAAGCGCAUAGGCAGCGAGAAGAGCGUGCCGCUGCGGAAAAAGUUAUUGCGGCUCCACUCCAUCCGGGCCUGCUUCUCCAAGCCUAGUGUCAUGCAGGCAGCCAGGCAGCGCUCCUCCUCGUUUUAAACGCUCCGUCCUCUCUCCAUCACCUCUGCUCUCUGCUCUCGACUCGCACCGGCACCGCCGUCGCCGUCGCGUACACCCAGGCCAUCUCUACACCGGACGGGGACCCCUUCCGCCGCGCGCCUCCAGCUGUUUGAUUAUUAAAUUGGCGUAAACAGACGAAGUUGUCUCUCAUUUAGUGACAUUGACUCCGAGAUAUCUCUGAUGGGCUAUCUAAAUCUUAGAGGCUCUUUGCUUCCAUUGCUCUGUCUGCACCUGCUCCUGUCGCUGUUCGUCUCAUUAGCUACAGCAGACAUAGCCUCUGAGAAGCAAGCUCUCCUUGCUUUUUCCUCCGCAGUCUACCAUGGCAAGAAGCUCAACUGGGAUCAAAACAUCUCACUGUGCUCAUGGCAUGGUGUAACAUGCGCAGAGGAUCGGUCACAUGUAUUUGCCCUUAGGGUACCAGCUGCUGGGCUGAUUGGUGCAAUUCCUCCAAAUACUCUUGGCAAGCUUGUCUCCCUUCAGGUGUUAAGCCUGAGGUCUAAUCGGUUGCGCGGAAGCAUUCCUUCUGAUGUCAUCUCACUCCCUUCUUUACGUUCCAUAUUUCUUCAGCAUAAUGAACUGUCAGGAGAUUUGCCUUCCUUUUUUUCUCCAGGCCUCAUCACCCUUGAACUUUCCUACAACUCCUUUACAGGGCAAAUGCCUACAAGCUUGCAAAAUCUUACUCAGUUAUCUAUCCUGAAUUUGGCAGAAAAUUCUUUGUCUGGACCUAUUCCUGAUCUCAAACUUCCAAGCUUAAGACAAUUAAAUUUGAGCAAUAAUGAGCUGAAUGGCUCAAUUCCUCCCUUCCUCCAAGUAUUCUCAAAUAGUUCAUUCCUGGGGAACCCUGGACUGUGUGGGCCUCCUCUAGCUGAAUGCUCUGUUCUUCCUUCGCCGACACCCUCAUUACCACCGUCGCAAACAUUGCCACGACAUGGAAAGAAAGUGGCUACUGGAUAUAUAAUUGCGGCUGCUGUUGGAGGCUUUGCUGUAUUUCUGCUAGCUGCUGUGCUUUUCACUGUGUGCUUUUCAAAGAGGAAGGAUAGGAAAGAAGCGCGAGUGGAUUACAAGAGCAAGGGAGCCGAUGGUGUAAGGAUUGACAAGCAUAAAGCGGAUGUGAGCAGUGGUGUCCAAAUGGCUGCCAAGAACAAGUUGGUUUUCUUGGAGGGAUGCAGUUACAACUUUGACUUGGAAGACUUACUGAGAGCUUCCGCAGAAGUCCUUGGCAAGGGGAGCUAUGGAACCGCCUACAAAGCUUUACUCGAGGAUGGCACUAUAGUAGUUGUCAAGAGGCUCAAGGAUGUUGUGGCAGGGAAGAAAGAAUUUGAGCAGCAGAUGGAGCUUAUCGGUAGGGUAGGCAAACAUGCAAACCUCGUGCCCCUCCGUGCUUACUACUACUCGAAGGAUGAAAAGCUUGUGGUUUAUGAAUUUGUUACUACUGGCAGCUUUUCAGCCAUGCUACACGGCAUUAAGGGCAUUGUGGAGAAGACCCCAUUGGACUGGAAUACGAGGAUGAAGAUCAUACUUGGAACAGCACAGGGCAUUGCACACAUCCAUGCAGAAGGGGGCCCCAAGCUUGCUCAUGGCAACAUCAAGUCCACCAACGUGCUCCUCGAUCAAGACCACAACCCUCACGUCUCAGACUACGGGAUGAGCACUCUGAUGAGCCUCCCGAUCAACACCUCCCGGGUGGUGGUCGGCUACCGCGCCCCCGAAACCUAUGAGUCCAGGAAAUUCACCCACAAGUCGGAUGUCUACAGCUUCGGCGUGCUCCUCAUGGAGAUGCUGACCGGAAAGGCCCCCCUCCAGUCGCAGGGGCAGGAGGACGUGAUCGACCUGCCCAGGUGGGUGCAUUCCGUGGUCCGGGAGGAGUGGACCGCCGAGGUGUUCGACGUCGCGCUGAUGAAGUACCACAACAUCGAGGAUGAGCUGGUGCAGAUGCUGCAGCUGGCCAUGGCCUGCACGUCGCGGUCCCCGGACCGGCGCCCCACCAUGGCAGAGGUGAUCAGGAUGAUCGAGGACCUCCGGCAGUUCACCGCUUCUGAGAGCCGCGCCUCUUCCAAUGAAAACCCCAGGGACUCCAACCCUCCAUCGGCGUAAACGCUGGCUCUGGCUGGCUUGUUCGUCCAGAAGCAGCUCAAGCACUGACUUGUAUUCAUGAACAAGUGUUGUAUCCUUAUAACUGUUCCAAUAUUCAACGCGUGCAUGUUAAUUAGUAGUCUCUUUAACAUGUAAUCCUAAUACAUUGCCUCUGCUCGUGGGCAUCAGACAUUGUUGUGUCAAUUGACGACAUCGAUUAUCUUCUA